AUGAUCAAGCUGUUCCUCCUAGGACUCCUCCUCCUCAUCGUCUCCGCCUCCUACAACCAAACCCUUGGAGAGAAGCUGUGCAGAUUGACUGUUGCCUCCUACUGCCGCAAGGCUGAAGUCGAGAAGUGGGCAUGUGGACCAUGUAAGAACUCCCCCAUCGCCAUGACCAACGUCAGAACCUUCGAGAAUUCCUCCAUGGACACGCUGGGAUACAUCGGAACCAGCGCUGAGCUCGACGCCAUUGGUAAUUUGGAUGACUAUUUAGUGCUGGUCUUCAGAGGAACAUUGCCCUGGGAUAUCAAGAACUGGAUCAGCGAUAUCAACUUCAUCGCUGUCUCAUACCCCCACUGCAACAACAGUCCAGCCUUUUCUAUUCAGAUUGCAAAGUCCACCGCGGAUUCUAUUACGCUUUCUUGGACAUCGAGAAACAACUUGGGAGCUGCACUAGCUACUCACGCCACUGCCGCCCUCAUGGCCAAUAAAUACAAGGUCACUGAAUUCUACAAUUUCGGCAGUCCUCGGGUGGGAGACACCAAGUUCACCCAAUGGUUCAACAACCAGUUCGGACAGGACCGCUUCAAGGCCAGAGUGACCCACGGCAAGGAUCCAGUGCCUCACCUGCCCUUCGAAGAUUGGGGAUUCCUGCACGUCAACACUGAGGUCUUCUACAAAGGAAAGGUGAGCGAGGGACAUGUGGUCUGCAACGAUGCUACUGGCGAGGAUAAAAAUUGCAGUGACAAGAACAAAAUCGACACCAACACUCUUGACCAUACAAUCAAGCACCAGAUGUUCUUAUCCUCCAUGCUGUUUGAUUCUAAAUUUGACAAGCUGGACAUCGAACUCGUCUACAAAAUGUGCAGUCUCAAGAUUGAAAGAAGUAAUUCGGACAAUCUAUCGAAAGAGCUAACUGAGUGGAGAGACAAGAUGGCAUUUAUGAAGAAAGAGUACAUAAAGAACGAGUACUGCAAGAUAUUCGAACAUCCUUAA